UUUUGGAUUCUUUACACGAAUCAUUUUUGCCUCAAGCAAUUGUGUUCCACAGGACCAGAAACUUUUGAUCGGGGCAUUUUUCCAUCGUUUCAUUUUAAAAGAGACGAUUUCAUAAAUAUUUAAUCUUCGUUUUUGUGAAUUAUCAAAAUGAGACAAUUGAACAUCAACUUUUGUCUUCUCAUAGUACUCAUUGCUUCUACUACUCAUGUACAAGCACAAGGCUCAAUUAGUGCUGCUCCAACAGGACUGGGUUCUAUUCCAACUGGAGUUGUUACAAGUGCUCCAGUAACGGUUAGUACCGGAAUUCCAACUGGGGUUCCUUCCUCGGUGACCACCGGUAUUCCUACUAGUGUACCAACAACAUCUUCGCUCACUAUCUUGAGUGUAUUGCAAGCCAAUAACUUUGAUGAUACAGUUCAAGCUAUUAGUGCAGCAGGACUCACUUCUCUAUUUGACAACCCUUCAGCAACUCUUACCUUCUUUGCAGCAAAUGAUUCCGUGUGGUCCACUUCGACUGCCUCCCAAGCUCUUAGUGCUCUUCCUACAAGUGGGCCCACAAGCAGUAGUAGUUCUUCUUCGAGCAGUGCAGUCUCAUUCCUUACAAGAGUCAUUCUUGGAGCAACUUUCAAUCAAUCGAUAUCUUUAUCUUCGCUUUCGCCUGGCUCCCAUAACUUUACUUCACUCAUAGGAUUGAACUUGACUAUUGUCAAGAACUCUUCAGGAUCGUUUGUCGGACCUUUCAGCGUCGUGAAAUCUGACGUAGCUGUCGGUUCAUCGUUCAUUGAUGUGUUGGAUGGUGUUCUAGUUCCACCUCCUCCCAGCACAACAGCUCCGGUUGCAGUAACUUCUGCUCCUAGCGCAGUGACCUCAGCACCCAUCUCAACCAGUUUUCCAAGUUCUGUUCCAAUUUCCACCGGUGUACCAAGUGGCGUCAUUGUAGGUACUAGUGCGCCUACUAGUGUGGCUGGAGUUCCUAACGGUGCUUCGAUCAUAUUACCUCAACCAGCUUAAAUAUAUAAGUUGUGAGUUCAGGAUUGGAUUGUAUGGCUGUUGCGUGGUAAUAAAAACUGUGAUUUUUUUCCUCAACGAAUUAAUCAAUU